UUGUGGAUUUGGGGGUCCAAUUAGGGAUUUCGUCCUCGCUCUUUGAACUUGUGGAUUUGGGGCUCGCAUUAGGGAUUCUGGCAUCCAAUUUCGUCGCUCAUCUUUGCUCAAUCGCUGCGGAGGGAAAAGCGAUCAUCGUGAAGGUUUUUUUGUGUGUUUUUUUGUGUUUCCAAUGUCUGAUGAAAGGUUUGAGGUUGUGGUCCACCACCGUGGUGAAUUUGCUAAAAAUGAGUGGUGUAAGUAUGUUGGUGGAGAAACUACUCAUUGGUCAUGCGAUCUUGACCACUGGAGUUAUUUCGAAAUAUUGGGGUCUCUUAAGGAAAUGGGGUAUCAUAGCGUAAAGGGAUUAUGUUAUUGUGUGGAGAUGUUGUUGCACCCUUUGAAUGAUGACAGGGGUGCACUUAAUAUGCUUCAUAUCGCAAGACAUUACGGUGAAGUGCAUAUGUUUGUUGUGCAUGGAGUUGAUGAGGCCUAGGUAGAUGAUAAUAUAGUGGAACCUGAAGGAGAUGAUAGGAGACCUGUAGAGAGUGGAGAAAACAGUCAUGCUGUUAGUGAAUUUGAGGUACUAGGAACUGAGAUUGUAGUCUGGUCUGCUCCACCUGAAGAUGUAACUUCUGCUCCAGUUGAUGAUGCUAGGAACGAAGACACUAAAAUUGGAUCAGAUGAAGGUGAAGUGGUUGACAGUUUAAGGAGGUGUGGUGAAGAAGAAAUGGGAGUUAAGAAUGUGGGCACAGGUGAAGAAGAAGUUGGAGGUGAGAAUGUGGGCACAGGUGAAGAAGAAGUUGGAGGUGAGAAUCUGGGUACAGAUGAAGCAGAAGUUGGAGGUGAGAAUCUGCGUACAGAUGAAGCAGAAGUUGGAGGUGAGAAUCUGGGUACAGGUGAAGCAGAAGUUGGAGUUGAGAAUGUGGGUACAGGUGAAGCAGAAGUUGGAGUUGAGAAUUUGGGUACAGUUGAAGCAGAAGUUGGAGUUGAUAAAGGGCUGGAUAAUGAAAGGGAUUGUGAUGAUGAAAGGGUUGAGGUUGAUAGUUGGAUUGAUUCUGAUGCAGACUGUAUAGGAGAUAGUGAUGGAGACGAAUGGGGUUGUGGUAAUGGAGGUACUGAAGGCGUAGUUGAUGUAGAAAUAGAUGUUGAUUAUGGUCAAGGCGAAGUUGGUCCUAGUUCACAAAACCAUGAUAGUGAAGACAGUGCAAGUGAAUCAGAAAAUGAUGGUAGGAGUAGAGAUAGAGGACUGUCUGAUAAUAGUUGGGAGUCAGAAGAGUUAUGUAGCAUUGAAGGCAGUGGUAGUGAGACAGAACAUGAUGGGAUGAGUGGUUAUUUUGGUACAUUUAAGAAGCCUAAGUCCAUGGCUGAUUACAAAUGGGAGGUGGGGACAACCUUUGUGGACAAGGAACAAUUUGUUGAUGGGGUACGAACGUAUGCUGUUCAUGCUGGUAGGAACUUGAAGUUUGACAAAAAUGACAAGGAAAGAGUGCGGGUGAGAUGUUUAGGGGCGCAAGGAAAGUGCGACUGGUCCCUUUAUUGUGGAUUUCUGGUUUCUUGUCAAACAUGGCAGCUUAGGAAAGUUCAAAACCGUCAUAAGUGCAGCAGAGAAUUUAGUAUAAAUUUGAUGAAUUCAAAAUGGUUGAGUAAAACCUUAGACAACACAUUAAUAGAGAAUCCUAAUUUGAAGCUGGUUGAUAUACAUAAUAAAGCUGCAAGGAAAUGGAAUACAAAGGUGUCAGUUUCAAUGGCUCAUAGGGCAAAGCAACUAGCAGCGAAGGUGGUUGAAGGAUCUUUUAAAGAUCAGUAUAGAAGGAUUUAUGAUUAUGCUCAUGAGAUAAUCAGAUCAAAUCCCGGAUCUACAGUUAAAGUUAAAGUGGAAGAUGUUAAUGAUGAGAAGAUUUUCAUGCAAAUUUACACAUGUCUAAAGGCAUGCAAGGACAACUUUGUCAGUUGUCGACCCAUAAUAGGCCUUGAUGGUUGUUUUUUGAAAGGACAAUAUGGGGGUGAGCUACUCACUGCUGUAGGUUGUGACGCAAAUGACCAAAUGCUUCCUAUAGCCUACGCAGUAGUUGAAGUUGAGAACAAAGACACAUGGACCUGGUUUUUGGAGUUGCUGAUUGAGGACCUGGGAGGUGAUGAUGUAUGUAGGUUCUGCACAUUUAUGUCCGACCAGCAAAAGGGUUUGCUUCCUGCCAUACAAGACCUACUGCCUGGCGCUGAGCAAAGGUUUUGUAUGCGUCAUUUGUACAGCAAUUUCAGAAAGAAGUUUGGAAGCAAGCAACUAAAAAGCUUGAUGUGGAAGGCUGCAACCUGCACGCACCCAAGAGCAUGGGAAAGAGAAAUGCAUAACAUUAAAGAAGUGAACGAGGACGCCUUCAAAUACCUAAUAGCAAUACCACCAAGAUAUUGGUCCAGGUCUAGGUUUACCAUGCAAGCCAAAUGUGACACGUUGGUAAACAACAUGAGUGAAGCCUUCAAUAGCGUAAUUGUGGAUGCAAGAUCCAAGCCAAUCAUCUCAAUGCUGGAAGACAUCCGUUUGUAUAUUAUGAAAAGGUGGUCCAAGAAUAGAUCCAAGGUGCAGAAGUACGAGGGAGAUAUAUGCCCUAAGAUUCGCGCCAGAUUGUCAAAAGAGUCUGACCAAACUAAGUAUUGGAUACCAAGGUACUUUCGAAUCUGGUCCUACUUUAGUUGGUCAGGUCAGAAGUUGUUUGAAGUUAGGCAUGUCUCAUUAAUUGGAGACAAGUUCACUGUCAACAUAGAAAGCCAGGAAUGCAGCUGCAGGAAAUGGCUCAUUAGUGGGAUCCCAUGCUGCCAUGCAAUUGCUGCACUGAACUUCCUCAACUUGAAGGCAGAAGAUUACAUUCCACAUUGGUUCAGACGUACAACAUAUGAAGAGAUAUACAACUCCAUAGUUCUUCCUGCCAAUGGCCAACUUUUCUGGGAAACAACUGCCUUUCCUGAUGUUCUACCACCACUUAAAAGAAGGCUGCCAGGGAGACCAAAGAAGAAGAGAAGGCUGGAAGCUUGGGAACUUACAAAAGAUAACAACCAAAUGAGGCCAGGUGGUCAUAGAAAGAGAUGUUCAAUUUGUCGCGCACUUGGGCACAAGAGGAACAAUUGUCCAGCACUUCCUGUCCAUGGCUGUGCAGAACGUCCCACUGAAGCUGCAGCAACACAACCAACUCAACCCACACAAAGUGAACCACAAACAACUCAACCCACACAAAGUGAACCACCACCAAGUCAACCACCUGCAACACCCACUCCACCUGCAGCACCAACCCCACCAGUUGCAGCACCAACCCCACCAGCACCAGGACCACCACCCAAUACUGCAGUACAACAGCCAAGCCAACCAUCUUAUGGAAUUAGAAAGAUGAGGCCAAAAAUGCAAAUAAGAAGGCCACCACAUCCAUCAGCAGAUUAAUGAAUGUAUUUUGGGGGAGGGAAUAUUUUGUUAUGUAUUUUGGGGGAGGGAAUAUUUUGUUAUGUAUUGUCAAUUGGAAAUCAUGAUGUACUUUAACAAUUUCUGGAUUUUAAUCACUGAUAUUUUGAUGGAA